AUGGAUCAGCCGUCCCAGGAACACCCCGGUGCUCUGCGCGAGGACGGCCACGCAUCUGCGGAACGCGAGGCACGCAUUCUAACGUGGAAUAUCAAUGGGCUGAGGAAGGUGGCCGCGAGUCACGGAGGGGUGCAGCAGCUGUUGGACCAGUUCAACGCGGACAUCGUUUGCUUCCAAGAGAUCAAGAUUACGAGGGCCGGUCUAGUUGAGCACGAGUUGGCGCGGGCGCAGGGUUACCACGGCUUCUUCAACCACUGCAAGCUGCCCCGAAAGGUGUCAUACUCCGGCGUUGCGACCUUCGUCCGAUCGGAGUCCGGGCUGAAGACCUUGGCGUCGACGACGUCGCUCGGAGACUCGGCGUUUUUCGGCUCUCCCGGGAGCUUUGUCGGGGAGCGAAGGCUAAGCCCGGACAGACUAGCGGCGCUGGAUUCUGAGGGGCGGGUGCUGGUGACGGACCAUGGGCACUUCGUGCUCUUCAAUGUGUACGCUCCGUGCGUCAGCUCCAGCUCCGACGACGAGAAGGAGAAGACGGAAGAUCGCCGGGCCUUUAAGCGAGAUUUCUUGGCCACGCUGGAAGCGCGCAUCUUCGAGAUCCGAAGCCGUGGGCGAGGAGUCGUGCUGGUGGGCGAUUUGAACGCCUGCGCUAGUCAGCUGGACCACGGCUUCACCAUGACGGAUUCCGAGUUCUACGCCUCCAACUGGUCCAAGUGGAUCCGGGGGAUGCUGGGGUUGGGCUCGCCGGAGCCGCCGAGGCUAGUGGACUGCUUCCGGCAUCUUCACCCGGACCGCAAGAGCGCCUUCACAUGUUGGAACACCCAGACAGGGGCGCGUGACAACAACUAUGGCACGCGCAUUGACUACAUCAUCGCGGGGACGGACUUCGCAGACCGAGCUCUCCGGGCAUGCGACAUCAUGCCGGACUUUCUGGGAUCGGAUCACUGCCCCGUGCGCGCGAGGUUCGCGUUCCCUUUGGCGGCGGGGUUGGCGGCGGAUGCCCCGGGCGAGAGCGAAGGCGACGAAAUCGCAAGAAGCCGGUCUGCGAGCGAAUGGCCGGAGCACCCGCCCGAGUGCUCCUGCUUUUACCCAGAGCUGACGGCGAAGCAGGAGAAGCUCGCCAAGUAUUUCGUGGCCGGCGGCCAGAAUGAAGAGUCUGCCGUGGGUACCGAAGGGAAGGGGGCUGAUGGCAGGUUGGUAAGAGACGGGAACGGCGCCAGGGAGAGCGGCGCUACGCGGCCUGCCGCGGGCGGCGGAAAGGGCGUGGCCGCGUUCAUGAGGGCUUUGCCGGGUGCAGGCGUAACGGGGAAAGACGGUGCCAGUGUUGCUGGAAGUUUGAUGAUGCGCGGGAAGAAAGUAGGGUCUGUGGGCCGUACAUCGAGCACUAGCAGCAGCGGCGGCGGUAGCUUGACGGCACGGCGGCCUGGCUCCGGUGGGUCUCGUCAGAGCAAGCUUGCGUUCGGGCCCGCGGCAAAUGGUAAUGUUUCGACCUCCGCGGGCGCCACCAGUCGGGAAGCGACUGCGGGCGGCAAUGGCGCGGGGUCGGGGACUAGUAGAAGAGCUGAAGGCACCGUGCCUUUACGCACGUGCAACCAGCGAGGUGGUGGUGGUGGUGGUGGUGGUGGUGCACAGACCUCUCAGGCGAUUCAACCACCCCGUUCGAGGGUUCACGCAUCGGGUGGGGGGCACGACACAGCAGGGGCCGGUGGGGGGUCAGGCAGCGUUAGCACGAUUGGUAGUUGCAGACUAAGCAACCCUGGCGGUGAAGGCGGGGUCGAAACAGGGCCAGGCGAGGGGCCGAACGGGGGUGGUGGUAGUCGGGACAGCGCGGAGGCGUGGAAGGCCAUUUUCGGACGGAAGAAGAGCGCACCGACCUGCGAGCACGGGGAGCCGUCCAUCCAGCGGACCGUUCUUAAGCCCGGUCCAAACCACAACAGGAGGUUCUACACUUGCGCUCGUUCGGCGGGUAACUGGCCGACGGACCGAAACGCUCGUUGCACUUUUUUUCAGUGGCGAAGGGACGGGGUUAGGGGUUACAAGGACAAACCUCCCCGCGCUGAGGGCGGUACGAAUAGUAAUAAAAAACGACGCACGUGAAGAACCGACCUGCUGUCUAUGCAUACCGUUGAAGGUAGGAUUUUGACUCGCGAACGUUUUGCUUCGUUCCUGCUGCUGACCUGAAUCCCUUCUGGGUGUCCACACUCUGUUCUACAUACGAGUGCUUCGAUGCGCCAUUUCGAACGAAAGGGGGCGCGUAAAAAGGCAAAGAAAACAAGAAACAUGCCGAACACACAGCUUUGUACUGAGCUGAGAGUUGAACGAUGUUUUUGCGCUAUUGGUUGCUCUUGUUGUGUUGAGUGUAUCAUAGUGGUCGCACGACACUGAUGCAGGUAGUCUACAGU